UGGAUGGUUUUGGAUAGAGCGGAUCACAGUUCACUAGGGCUAUACCUGCCGAAUACACACCAUGCCGGUACUCACUAUGGCUCCGAAAGAUGUUAGUAGCAUUGUAUAAUAUACAUGUAUCAACAACUCUAUUUAUACACACUGCUGCUACUAGGCGUCGGAUCAGGUGGGAGCGGCGGCGGCGGCUGUUAGCGGGACGGAGCAGCACACAGCACAACCACAGAACCUUCGCCCCACCAAGCAAGCCUCCACCAGCGUCCGACAGUCCACCCAGCCUUCUUCUUCACACUCCCACAAUUCGCUUUGUUCGUCAUACGACCUUCUUUCUUUACUCUCUGUCCACGUUUUCUUGCAGGUCACUCGACCGUCAAUCUCUCUUCAUUCCACCCAGUGGGUUAUCAUGACCGCUCCUCUCUCGCUAUCCAUGUUGCAACGGAUUCCCCGGUCCCUCUCUGCACCAUGACUGCUCACACAGCGUAACCGCUUUCGAGACCACACUUCGAAUUAAAUCACCAAUAAAAAAGGUAUCCAAUACUACUACCACUCGACUUCAAACAUCA